UUUUGUGUGUUGUUGUGACCAAAAUUUUUAUUCUCUUUUCCUGGUUUCAUAAAACCACUUAUUUCCUUUUACACCUGGUUUCACAACUAGUUUAAUCUGCAAAUUAAGGUGUUUUUAAUCCUGGUGAAGAACGAACUAGGUUGUGAAGAUCGGUAUGUCUUUUGAUCUAACAAGAUUUGUGAUCACAGUCACCUAAAAAGGGGAAGAAAUUGGGAGUUUUGUUUGUCUUGUGUGUUUCAGAGUGUGUUUUUUGUUCAGUUGAUAUGGUUGUUUCCAAGUGAAGAAAUUAGAUUAAUUGUUGAUAAGAUUGUAAAUAAAUAGAAAGGUAGUAGAGAUGACAGGAACAAGAUUACCAACAUGGAAAGAGAGAGAAAAUAAUAAAAGAAGAGAAAGAAGAAGAAGAGCAAUAGCAGCAAAGAUCUAUGCAGGUUUAAGAAUGUAUGGAAAUUAUAAAUUACCAAAACACUGUGAUAACAAUGAGGUCUUAAAAGCCCUUUGUGAUGAAGCUGGUUGGACUGUUGAAGAAGAUGGUACUACCUACAGAAAGGGAUGCAAGCCUGCAGAGCGCAUGGACAUUAUGGGCGGUUCUGCUUCCGCUAGCCCAUGCUCGUCUUACCAGCCAAGCCCUUGUGCAUCAUAUAACCCUAGCCCUGCUUCAUCCUCGUUUCCUGCUAGCCCAGCGUCAUCUUCUUAUGCUUUCCAUGCUAAUAAUGCUAACAAUGGUGAUGGCAAUUCCCUCAUUCCAUGGCUCAAAAACCUGUCCUCUGGAUCUUCUUCCGCUUCCUCGUCUAAAUUAUCACACCAUCUCUACAUCCACAGUGGUUCCAUCAGUGCUCCUGUCACCCCUCCGUUAAGCUCACCUACUUGUCGAACCCCUCGACUAAAAACUAACUGGGCUGAUUCCAACACUGUCCCAGCUUGGGGUGAUAACAAUUACUUCUUGCCUAAUUCAACCCCACCAAGCCCGGGCCGUCAGAUUCUUCCAGAGCCUGGAUGGCUUACAGGAAUCCGACUUCCUACAGUUGGACCUGCAUCUCCCACGUUCAGCCUUGUCUCUUCGAACCCAUUUGGAUUCAAGGAAGAGGUUUUGGCAGGAGGUGGCUCACGUAUGUGGACACCGGGACAGAGUGGAACUUGCUCUCCAGCUAUUGCUGCUGCCUCUGAUAACAAUGCUGAUAUCCCAAUGGCCGAUGGGUAUGCAGAUGAGUUUGCAUUUGGAAGCAACACAUCAGGACUAGUUAAACCGUGGGAGGGAGAGAGGAUUCACGACCAUGAUGAGUGUGGAGGAGAUGAUCUCGAGCUUACUCUUGGAACCACACGAACAAGUGUUUUGCAGGUAGACAGAGAUAGAGAAGGGAAGAAAGAAAGAAAGUGAAAGGAAGAAAAGAGAGGAAUUAGGACGCUCUGUCUUUAUUUAGAUGAUUCCAGCUGCUUCUUUAGGAACAUGCAACAAAUCGAAGACUCGAUCGUUUUUGGAAAAAUGAUAUAGUUUGAAUUUGUGGUGUUUAGUUCUAACGAAGUUCCAUCUGCAUAUCCCAGUAGGAACUAGGAAGUGAGGAAAUAUAGGGAGCAGCUAUUAAAAUAUUUAUUCUCCAAUUGUUCUUUUUUCUUUUGCAAUUUCAAGUCAUAUAUAGUUUCAUUAUGAUGGUUAGUUUUGAACAUUAUCAUAUUACCCAUUUUCGUUCUCUUUUUAGCUCAAUUUAUUUAUUCAAAAUCACUUUAUUCA